UCCGGCCCCUGGCUUUAUAAGCACCUCAGCCUCAGCUGUCACCUUCAGUAAGGAGGCUCUCACGAAGAAACUCUGAUCACCUCCACCUCUGCCCAGGAAGCAGCUGAAGACAGGCUGAUGGCCAGACUAUACUGCAUAGCUGUGGCCCUACUGCUGCUCGCAGAGGUCUCCAGGUUUGGAGAAGGGGCAUCUAAUCCUGGUUUUGUGGUCAGGAUCACCAGAAAAGGCCUAGAAUAUGCCCGCCAGUAUGGAGUAGCCAUUCUGAAGAAGGAGCUGUCCACCAUGGAGUUGCCCAAUUUCUCAGGAAGCUACAAAGUUUCUUGGAUUCUAACAGUGAGCUAUGAAUUUAACUGGCUGAAGAUAAAGCGCUUUGAACUCCGGGACACGGAUUUGAGCUUACACCCAGGGCAGGGUGUCAGAGCUUCCCUGUCCAACAGCUACAUGUCUGUCAGAGGAAACUGGAAGGUGAAAAAGGCUUUCAUCACCCUAGAAGGUACUUUUGAUCUGAGUGUGGAUGGAAUUUCCAUCUCAGUUUCUCUGAACCUGGGCAAGCACCAGUCUGGGCAACCCACUGCCUCUGUGGCCCACUGCAGCAACUCCAUUGGCCAAGUCAGGAUUGCUAUCUCUGGACACCUAAGCUGGAUCCUGAAACUCUUCCAUGAAAAAAUCGAAAAUAGUGUCAAAAAUAUAUUGGAACAAAAGAUCUGCGAAAUGGUCAGGAAGUCAACAGUCUCAUACUUGGAGCCCUAUCUGCGGACUCUGCCAGUUACGUUGAUGAUCGACCAGGUUGCUGGUAUUGACUACAGUUUAGUAGGAGCUCCCCAGGUGACCUCUCAAUUCCUGGACACAUCCUUCAAGGGUGAAUUCUUUGGCCAAAGCCUGCACUCCCCAGUCCUCUUCGAUGCUCCGCCCAUCAGGAUGCCCCAGAAAUAUGACCACAUGGUCUACUUUGCAGUCUCUGAAUAUGUCUUCAACACAGCCAGCCAGGUUUAUUACCAGGCUGGGCGCAUGAACUUUACCAUAAAAAAUGAACAUAUUCCCUUGGACUCUCCAGUCCACUUGCACACCAGCUCAUUCCAGACCAUUGUUCCUCAGCUGACCAGGUUGUACCCCAAUAUGGAGCUUGAGCUUGAGAUGUCACCCGAAUCAGCUCCAUUCCUGAUGUUCAUCCCUGGAAACAUGACCCUCAUGCCAGUGGUAGACAUCCAGGCCUUUGUCCUCCUGCCCAACCCCUCGGACCGCAAGCCACUCUUCCAGCUCAGGGUGAGAACCAACAUCUCUGCCACCAUCAGUGUGAGCUCCGGAAGGAUCACUGGUUCAGUGACUACAGGAAGUAAGCUGAAACUGGAACUGAAACACUCCAAUGUCCGUUUAUUCAGUGUGCAGCUGAUGGAAGCCGUCCUCAAUUACUACGCACUCCACACUAUAUACCCCUAUCUCAACGCAAAGCUUGAAGCGGGCUUCCCACUCCCUCUGCCAAGGGACACCACCCUCAACAGCUUGGAGCUCCAAAUCCACAAGGACUUCCUGCUCUUAGGGGCCAACAUUGAUUAGGCUGAAGAUUCAGGAGCAGCAGCUGUAGCUGGAAGGGUGGAUAACACAACAGCUGGACCUGCCCCUGCCCUUAUGAGGGUCCAGAAGCUGCCACUCAGCCG